CCGGGAGCGGAGCGCCUGAAGAGGAGCGCCCGACAGCAGCGCACACCCAUCGGCUCUGAGGCGGAGGUGGAAGACGGCAGGAGAGGAGCGACAGACAAACAAACCGGGAGGAGACAGACUCGUAAACAACAUCCGAGAUGGCAUCAGCCAGAGAUCCAGGGACGGGCCAGGAGCAGAAGGAUGCCGCCGACCAAAACUUUGACUACAUGUUUAAGCUGCUGAUCAUUGGCAACAGCAGCGUGGGAAAGACCUCCUUCCUGUUCCGCUACGCAGACGACUCCUUCACCUCAGCCUUCGUCAGCACGGUGGGCAUCGACUUCAAAGUCAAGACCAUCUACAGGAACGACAAGCGGGUCAAACUUCAGAUCUGGGACACAGCCGGGCAGGAGCGGUACCGGACCAUCACCACAGCGUACUACAGAGGAGCCAUGGGGUUCCUGCUGAUGUACGACAUCACAAGCCAGGAGUCGUUCUGUGCUGUACAGGACUGGGCAACCCAGAUCAAGACAUACUCGUGGGGGAACGCACAAGUAGCGCUGGUUGGUAAUAAACUGGACCUGGAAGAUGAUAGGCAGGUCCCCACUGAAGAUGCCCAGCGACUGUCUACAGAGCUUGGCUUCCAGUUCUUCGAGGCCAGUGCCAAAGACAACAUCAACGUGAAGCAGGUUUUUGACAAGCUGGUGGACGCCAUCUGUGAGAAGAUGAACGAGAGCCCCAACGGUGAGGCCAGUCCGUCGACCAUCAACAAGGGAACCGACCUGAAGGAGACGCCCAGCAGCAGCCAGGGCGGCUGCGCAUGCUGAUAGCUGGAAAUUCAUAGAACGCGUGUUCCAUACUCACAGUCAACGAUCUCUCAUUGUGAAUGUACUUUAUCAUUAUGUUACUGCUAUUCUAUCACGGAUGCUUGGCUUCCCUUGUUUAUCAUUUGAUCUUUUCACCCGACUCGGUGGCGACUCUUCAUUGUAAUUUGAAUGCGACUGUUACGCUGAGAUGCCAAAGAGCUGCUGUGCCUUCUGCCCGACACCUCUGCUUUACUCCCUCUAGUCUAGUGGGUGAACAGCACCUGUUGCAGGCGAGGACUUGAACGAGCGGCGUUGCAAACAGGUCGGCAUGGAAUGGAAAUCACUGUGAUUUACUUUAAUCAUGCUGCCCCCCUGUGGGUGUUGCAUGAAAAUACAUCACUGUGACUCCGUAACUGCACACUGUGUAUCCUGAGAAUCUGCCCCCCUGUGUGAUCCUGCUGAGGACGAAAAGGCUCACUAACUGUUCGGUCCAAAGUCGAACGUACCUGAAGGUUGAGCUCAUACAUACCUUGAUGGUGCUGCGUCAUUCCAGAUCCAUCCGUGUGCGCCGUCCUGUUUUGGAGGGAUGAUCUCAUUUGCUUUUAAUUUAUAGUUUCCUAUGUGUGUGUGUGGGUUUUUUUUUUCUUGUUUUAAUCGUUAAUGCUUGUUCAAUAUUUCAUUUUCCAAGUUUAUCGUGUCCCUCUAAAAUUUGAGAUUAAACGAUGUGGCUCAAUA